UGGAACUUCUGACCGAUGAGGAAAUUGUCUCCGUGUAUUGGGUCAUGUUGUUGUGAAGACAUUUUAUCGCAAUGUGUGUACUUGUAACCGACAGUAGAAGUAAACAGAUUAAUUAAUAAUGGAACUAGACGACUCCACAUCUGGUGUUACCGUCGGACGUACAUUUUAUCUUAUUAUGGACACAACAUCUUUUAUUGAAGAUAUAUUUGUGUUAAUCUUGUGAUGUUAUCGACAGAGGGCGCCUGCAACCGUUGUUCCGGUAGUGUACUUGGAGACAAUUUCCUUCGCGGUAAAAGAUGUUGCCCACGGCCAAAAUGAAGCUGUCUGAAUUGAAUCCGCAUCUGAUCUGUGUCCUGUGUGGAGGUUACCUUAUAGACGCUACGACCAUCAUGCGAUGUCUGCAUUCCUUUUGUAAAACGUGUAUUGUCCACUAUCUACAAACCAGUCACUAUUGUCCAGUAUGUACAGGUCUUGUACACAAGAAGAAUCCGUUCUCGGAACUAAGGUCAGACCACCUACUACAGAACAUUGUAUAUAAAGCUGUGCCCGGAUUGUUUACAGACGAGAUGAAUAGAAGACGAGCGUGUUAUAAAAAUCAGGAGCAGGAUACAGAAAUAUUAGGUCAACGAUCGGCUGAGAUCGGCAAACGGAUAAUCAUAUCCCCCGGAGAAAACAUCAGUCUUUCACUUGAAUUUACAACAAAUCUAGCAUCAUGUGAUGACAUUGAGGUAGAACAUCGGACCGUUGACAAUCGAUACUUGUUGUGUCCGGCUGCAGUGACCAUAAGUAAUCUCAAGAAAUUUCUGAGAAUGAAGUUCUCCUUGUCGGAUACCUAUCUUAUUGACCUUUAUCACGAAGACGAGGUUUUACUCGAAAGUUACAGCUUGGUGGAUGUAGCGUACAUUUCAACGUGGAACGGGCAAGAUGUCUUAAAACUGAGCUACGCGAUCUAUGAAAAUCCAGCCAAGAGAUUUAAGAGAACAAAAUCCAUUGAUAACGUUCGUUGUAAUAAUGAUGACUCCGGUAUAGAAGACGGCAACCAGAGUUUCGAAUCUAGUCCCAGCACGGACACAAGCAUGCUUAACGACAGUGGACAGGGACUUGACUGUGACGUGAAUAAGAUGGAAGAGUUGAAACCCCCGGAGACCUCCACGGAUACUUCUACGGAGGAAAAUAAUACAAUAGACGAGCCGGAUGUCUGUGAACAAGACGGCAUUAAUACAGUUAGUGACACAGAAACCACGUGUGAUGAAAAUAAAGAACGUGUUCCGAAUGAAAAUCCUGCGCCAUAUUACGUGUGUUCUAACGACGCAACAUUAACUUCCGUUAGCAAUACGAAUGACCGUACUUCCGGUAGUGGCGAAUGUCCGGAAGUGGUGGAGUCUUUAUUUAAGGACGAGGAGGAGGUGGUUAUCGAUAAACUAGACGAGACAGUGAACAGAAUUAUAGCUGAGACAGACAAUGAGUCUGAUGUUGUGGAUCAUUCCGUAGAGAAAAAGACAAUCGACACUAGGAGAUUCUCUAACGCUUCAACAGAAACGGAAUCGCAUGAUUCAAGUGUUUCUGUUCAAACGGAUAUGCAGUGUUGUAGUGAUGCCCUGGGUCUCACGUUCAAUGUGGAACAAACACAUACGUGUACGCAGACGCAUGACAGUAUUUCCUGUUCAAACGGAAGUUCUGCAGACGUGGGGAUGCAGACCAACCCUAUGUCUCCUGCGAAACAGUGCAGUGUCCAGGACAAAGGCACUCAACAUAACGGUUGUGAGUCCGAACGACCUGAAAAGGUCACGUGUCCAACACAGAAGUCUCAUUCCAAAGCUGAUGAUAAAGGUAGCAAAGAAUCGGAAAAGUCGUGCUCUGGUGUAUGCAAUGGUCAUAGUGUUAAACCGAGGACUGAAAAGCUUGUUGUCAAACUCAGCAAAGAGAAGGAUUCCGAAUCUUACACGGCGACUAUUUCAUAAAAAAAAAUAACACGAGCGUUGUUCCUGCAAAUGCAUGGUCUGAUUAAGUAAGACAGAAAUUAAAGUUGAUAUCAUAACAGAAAGGAAAGCUAUGGAUCUGAUUAUUUUCAAUCAUAGCAUGGAAGAAAUAUAUGAGACUGGUUGUCAAAAAUGAAAAUGCUUAUUGAAACCAUGAAUUUUUUUAAUAUGACAAAGCAAGAACUAUUAAUCUGCUCAUCUACAGUUCCUGUUAGUGACAAGUAAAAUGUUUAGGAAAAGUAAAUAUUCACUGCUAGUCUCGUGUUUGACUCAGAUGCUACAUAUUAACUCAUUCACCCCUUCAAUUUCAUAAUGAACUAAUCCAUACUUUGAAUUGAAAGAGUUCAAAUGUUUCUCC